UGUCAUGUCUCAAUGCCGAAUGUUGUUGGGCCAGGUGGUGGUGUGUGUGUCAGCGGGCUACCGACACAGUGCAGCGGUCAGUGAGGAUGGAGAGCUCUACACGUGGGGUGAAGGAGACUUCGGGAGAUUAGGUCACGGAGACAGCAACAGCAGAAACAUUCCUACUCUGGUCAAAGACAUCAGCAACGUAGGAGAGGUGUCUUGUGGGAGUUCUCACACCAUAGCUUUGUCAAAAGAUGGCCGCACCGUGUGGUCCUUCGGAGGGGGAGACAAUGGGAAACUGGGGCAUGGAGAUACAAACCGUGUCUAUAAACCCAAAGUAGUGGAGGCCUUGCAGGGGAUGUUCAUAAGGAAAGUGUGUGCUGGAAGCCAGUCCUCCCUGGCCCUCACCUCCACUGGACAG